AUGCCGCGUUCCUUCCUGGUGAAAACGCACUCCAGCCACAGGGUCCCCAACUACGGGCAGCUGGAGACGCAGAGAGAAAUCCAUGGUGCCUGCUCUACCUGUGGGGGCCUGGUGGUGCCCUUUCUCCCCACAGAGGAGGCCCCCUCUGCACCUGCUGACCUACCCCGGCUCUGGGGCCACACCUCAGCCCUCGCCCGCACCGCGCUGCCCCUCCUGCUGGAUAACGAGGGAGCUCUGGGGACCUCUGGGCCCGAGCCCCUGGAAAUGGGCCCCCCUCGGGCUGGCCGUGCCCUCGGUGCACCCCUCAAGGACAGCUUGAACCACCUCAACUUGCCCAUGCGCUGGCCCCCGACCCAGGGCCCAUCUGGGGACGGAGCCCCGGGCAGACUUCCGAGGGCAGAGCAGGCAGCCCGGGCCCCGGGGGACUUUGACUGUGCUCACUGCCGCCAGCCCUGCCACGCGCUGGCCGGGCUGCACCGGCAUGGGCAGCUGCGGGCUGGGCGCGUCUUCACCUGCAGGCACUGCGGCAAGGAGUAUGCCAGCCUGGGCGCCCUCAAGAUGCACAUCCGCACCCACACGCUGCCCUGCGUCUGCAUGCUCUGCGGCAAGGCCUUCUCCAGGCCCUGGUUGCUUCAGGGCCACAUUCGCACCCACACAGGUGAGAAGCCCUAUGCCUGCCCCCACUGCAGCAGGGCCUUCGCCGACCGCUCCAACCUGCGGGCGCACCUGCAGACACACUCGGACGCCAAGCGGUACCCGUGCGCGGCCUGCGCCAGGACCUUCUCCCGCGUGUCCCUUCUGGUGCGGCACCAGGGGUCUGGCUGCUGCUCCAGCCCCUGAGAGGCCGCCAGCA